AUGAGCUUCACACCCUACGAAGGUACAACCGGCCCACGCCCUAUCAUUCCCAUUCUGGUGCACGUAGCACGCAAAGACCGCACAGAGCGUGGAGAAAGCACAAUACGCGAAGACGACACAGAGGACGAAGAACCCGGCUUCUCCGCUGAGGAUCCCACAUUCCAAUACCCGACAUCCUACGUGCGGAACACCCUGUUCCGCGUCAUACCCGCGCGUCCAUCUUCACUCAGGCCUUCAUCAAGCACUCGGGAACCUGCACAACGCGUGCGCAGCCCUGCCCCACCCCCCGCACAGCGUGUAUCAGAGAUCUCACCAGGAGUGCUCUCGGACGGAACGUUCACCGUGUGCCACCCGCAUGUCGACAGAUACAUCGACGGCCUCACGCGGGCAUAUCGAAAGGUGAACGGCGCGCCACCAAAUUACUGGCACGUGCAGUCUCUGAGUGCCAGGCGGCUGGGCGAAGUAAGCCGAGUCAACGCGCUGCUCGAUAUCGGCACCGAGCUGGACGAGACCCAUUGCGAGUGUGUCCUCGCAUUGGCAGCGCUCAAGCUGUACACGCAGGCAACGCACCCAGCGCAUCUUGCUUUGUGGGGGCGCCCGAUGGACCAGCGCACCAUCGACCUGGUAUGCAAGCUACUCUAUCGCAAAAGGCAGCUCAUCGUCUCCCCGGUCGGCUGGUCGGGGCCCGAUCAGAUGACCGUGCAGCUCUACUGGCGGCAGGCUGACGCGUUCCCCGCGCAACAUGACGCGCAUCCCGCGACGCAGGCAUACCUUAGAAAGCUCAAAAAGAAAGCCGCCGAGGCAGAAAGGGCUGCUGCUCGGGAGGCGGCCCAGGCAGAAAGGGCUGCUGCUCGGGAGGCGGCCAAGGCAGCAGCGGCUGCGCAACCAAAGAAGGCGCCCCGCGCCCGUGCGAGGGCGCCGCGUACGAAGAACACAGCCAGUCGAGGGAACGCGCGCGCCGUCAAUGUCGUGGCGGCCCCAGCUGCCGAUGAAACCUCCGAAGUAGAUGUGAUCACGGUGGAGGCAUCGCGCACAGCGCCAGCGCGUCGACCGGCGCGGCAGUCAACAACCCGUGGCAAGACCGCUGCACCAGUGCCGUCUUCCUCUUCUGCUACUCCUCCCAUAGCAGGUCCCAAAGAGGCUCCCCAAAAGCGCACAAUCGUCAUCCCCGCGCGAGCCAAUCGUACGGACCGUCGGGGAUCGAGCACUGCUGUGGAAGAGGCGUCAACGGGGAAGCAUGACGACGAGGAGAAAGUGCAGAUGAUCACGCGAAGCCGCAAGCGCAAGGCUGCGGAAGCCGACCAGGAUGACGCCGAGGUGCAGACGUCGCACGCGGGGGACGCUGAAGCGCGCCCGACGAAGAGAGCGAGGCGGCCAUCAGCCAAGAGUCGGACACGUUGA